ACCCACUGCUGCUUCUUCUCCUACAUCAUGGCUGUUCUCUAGUUGGCCUGACCAACAUAAUUCUUCUUUCCUUCUUCACUCAGGACCUGUCUCGCCAGCUCAGUUUUAGUUCCCCUGAUAGGGACUGGAUUUAGCGAGUCCUCAUCAGCUGGUCUGAGUCGGCAGACAUAGCAAAAACCCCCCAACUGGGGUCUAUACGUCGGCAUGAUAGACCCUAUUCCGCCGCCUCCAAGGUGGCUUCGAGACUUGGUAGAACCGUGGGCCGUACACCUUAACAUCCCGGCCGUAACCGACCAUGUCCAUGAGAUCAUCGCCGCCUUCGCGUUCUACCAGUUCAUCCAUUCAUACCUAUCGCCGUGGUUGUCUCCGCGGCUAUUCCCUCGCCAUUACCCGAACCUCAAUAGGCGGACCAAGCUCAACUGGGAUGUCCAUGUUGUGUCCUUGAUACAAAGCGUUUUGAUCAAUGCGGUAGCUCUAUGGGUGAUGUUCACAGACAAUGAGCGGAAGUCGAUGAGUACGGCUGAGCGGGUGUAUGGAUACUCGGGGGCUUGCGCGUUCAUGGCGGCACUGGCGGCGGGCUACUUCAUCUAUGAUCUGUACGUCAGUACUGUCUAUGUGAAGAUUUUUGGCAUCGGAAUGCUUUUCCAUGCCGUCAGUGCCCUGUGGGUUUUCAGUCUUGGCUUCAGGCCCUUUCUCCACUUCUACUCUCCCGUCUUCAUCCUUUACGAGCUCUCUAGCCCCUUCCUCAACAUCCAUUGGUUCUUGGAUAAAGUCAACAUGACUGGUAGCAAACUGCAAUGGUAUAACGGCAUGCUUCUGCUCAUCGUGUUCUUUUGCUGCCGUCUCAUAUGGGGCACGUGGCAAUCGAUCGCAGUGUACAAGGACAUGUGGUACGCUCUCAAGCAGACCUGGUCCGCAUCAGACUCCGCCGCGCUUAACCCCGUCGACAUCACUGCGGACGUUUUCCAGAUCCGCGAUGGGUCCAUGUGCGUCAAUGAAGCCUGUGCGAGGGCUCAGGCAGAGAUCUCCAAGUUCUCCAAAUACACCGCCGGCGGUGUGCCCACCUGGCUAGUUAUGACGUACGUCGUCUCGAAUCUCGUCCUCAACGGGCUCAACUACUACUGGUUCACCAAGAUGAUUGAUGCGGUUGUCAAACGCUUCCGUGCGCCUGCGCCAGCGGGUAAGACGAAGGAAGAGGAGCUCAAGCAGGAUGUCAUUAUUGAGGCUGCUACCAAGCUGGAACAGGAGGAGGGAGCUUUCACCACUGGCGAUUUGGCUAGCGAGAAGAUUGCUUCUGCCGUCGAUGUAGGGCCGAGCGAAGAGUUGCGGAAGAGGAACCCUAACGUGCCCACCGCAGCCCGCUCUUAGUCUUUCUGACUUGUAGACAGCCCAGAGGGGGCAUUUCUGCCAAGGAUUGUGAGUCGUCAUUGCGAGUAAUUGGUUUGACUGUUGACUGUCUGUUGUCUUUCCUUGUCUAAAGUUUGCAUUGCGCAACGCAGCAGGAGGUAUCUCGAUUUUGGUAUGAGAUUAAUAGACUCUUUUAUUCAAAACACUUUAGCCGCAUUGAUCAGUGUAUUUUUGCAUCGUCUUAGUCAUUCAGCUCAUGACAUCUGAUCAUCUUUAUUAACCUUACACAAUC